AUGAACGUAGCGAAUGCGGCCACGAAGUGGAAGAAAACAAUCGAGUUUGGUCCGACAAGCACCUGGUUUUCUGGUCCAGGAUAUUUGCAUUCACCGUGUGAGCAGUGGCCUAUAUAUAAUCAUGAAUCUAGUGUGACGCCCUCCAAAGAUAUGGAACUAAAUCCGGAAGCAGAACAUAUUAACGUACAUACAGAGUUCCGCCCCAUAAUAGAUCCAACAAGAUUCUCAAAAUGGGAACGACUUGAACGAAGUAUGGCGUAUGUGAAACAUUUCAUCGACAAAUGCAAACCUGAAGCAACGAGGAAAAAGUUUGAUCAUGAGCAAGGAAGGUCUGAAGGACUGACCGCUGAGGAGUUGCAAUGGAGCCAACGGCUCUACCGUCUUGCACAAGCCGAUUCAUAUUCUCAAGAAAUCAAGAUGCUUAAGAAGAAUACGGACAGCGUCUUGCCAAAGCUAAGCGUUUUGCGGAAGCUGUCACCAUUUAUUGAUAACGAUGGGGUUUUGCGUCAAAGGAGCCGCUUAGAAUACGCUCCUAUUAAAGAUUCUAUAAAGAAUCCAAUAAUAUUGCCCAAAAAUCACAAAAUUACACAAUUGCUUAUCAACUGGUAUCAUCGCAAGUACAAACACGUCCAUCACGAUACUGUUGUUAACGAGAUAUAUCAAAAGUUUCACAUACCAAGCUUACGUCGUGCCCUGCGAACAGUUCGCUAUGACUGCCAGCACUGCAAGUUGCGUAAGGCCAAGCCGCUGCCACCGAAGAUGGGUUCACUUCCUGAAGCACGCCUGGCACCCUACACAAGACCGUUUUCGUACGUGGGAAUUGACUUGUUUGGGCCAUUCCUGGUUACAAUCGGACGGCGUGCUGAAAAACGAUACGGUGUUUUAUUCACCUGCAUGAUAUGUCGAGCCAUUCACGUUGAAAUAGCACAUUCCCUAUCCAUGAAUUCCUGUGUAAUGGUUGUUAGGAAUUUCAUAAGACGGAGAGGAACGCCGGUGCAUAUGUUCAGCGACAAUGGAACAAAUUUUGUUGCUACAGAGAAAGAGUUACGAGAGGCUUUUCGCCAGCUUGAUAUUGGCGCUCUUCAAAUGCAAUUCACGUGUGUUGAAACUAAGUGGACGUUUAUUCCUCCUGCUAGUCCACACAUGGGAGGAGCGUGGGAGCGAAUGAUUCGCACAUUUAAAGAUGUCCUAUAUCAAAUACUGACCCCAUGA